CGGACUACGCGGACUACUGAACCGGAUUGCAGCUCACUGGCUGGGGAUAGACGGCGACCACGACGACGGCGACGGCAGCGACGGCACCACCCUUCCAUUCCUUUCCUUCGUAUCAACCCGAAAUCCCUUCAGAAAGGCACCAACCACCAUGGCGUCGCGAAUGGCCACGGUGGUGCUCGCCGGAGCCCUCCCCGUACCCCCGCGCGCUCCCACGGCCGCGGCCGGCGGCACCAAGUUCGUCGUGUGGACGAAGCGCCCGAGCUUCCACCACGGCAUUCGCUGCGGCGUCGCCCGUGCCCCGCGCAGCCGCCCGCAGCACGCCUCCUCUCCAAGCACGGCUGAGGUAGCUGCAACUCUUACUCCGAACCACGUCUUCCGAGGUCUCCGGAGGCCUUAUCUCCACCUGAAUGGUCUGGUUCAGGAGGGAGUUCUCGAGCUGCUCAAGAGCGCGGUCGCGGCAAUUGCUAUCAUCGCCCAGAUUUCCGUGGCGCUGCCGGCGAACGCGGUCCUCUACUCGCCGGACACGAACGUGCCCAGGACGGGGGAGCUCGCGCUGCGAAGGGCCAUCCCUGCCAACCCAAGCAUGAAGACCAUACAGAACUCGUUGGAGGACAUCUCGUACCUGCUGAGGAUACCACAGAGGAAGCCGUAUGGCUCCAUGGAGGGGGAUGUCAAGAAGGCCAUGCAGAUAGCAACUGAAAACAAGGAGGCAAUGUUGGCAAGCAUGCCUGCAGAACUCAAGGAAAAGGGCUCGGAGCUAUAUACCACUUUGCUUGAAGGGAAGGGUGGUUUACAAACUCUCUUGAAAUAUAUUAAGGAUAAGGACAAUGAUAGACUCUCCGUAGCGCUUGCUUCUUCUCUUGAUACUAUUGCUGAAUUGGAGCUGUUGCAGGCUCCAGGCUUAUCCUUUCUCUUACCUAAACAGUAUUUAGAGUACCCAAGGCUAACAGGAAGAGCAGUUGUUGAAUUCACAGUUGAGAAAGGUGAUGGCUCAACAUUCUUUCCAACUGCUGGUGGUGAACCCAAAAGUGCUGCUACAAUUCAGGUUGUAGUUGAUGGAUAUUCUGCCCCACUGACUGCUGGAAACAUUGCGAAACUGGUUUUGGAUGGGGCAUAUGAUGGUGCAACACUGAAAUCUGUGAGCCAGGCAAUUAUUGUAGACAGUGAGACCGGGAAGAAAGGGUAUACUCUUCCAUUGGAGGUCAUGCCUGCUGGACAGUUUGAACCACUAUACAGAAGCCCGCUAAGUAUUCAGGAUGGAGAAUUGCCAGUCCUUCCAAUGUCUGUAUACGGCUCUGUUGCCAUGUCACAUAGUGAGGAUUCAGAUGAAUACUCGUCACCAACCCAGUUCUUCUUCUAUCUGUAUGAUAAGAGAAAUUCUGGUUUAGGAGGAAUAUCUUUCGAGGAGGGACAAUUUUCAGUUUUUGGGUAUGCCACAGACGGAAGAGAUGUCCUUUCACAGAUUAAGGCUGGAGAUAAAAUUCGCUCGGCCAAGCUGAUACAGGGCAGGGAACGCCUUGUACUACCGGCAGCAGCUUCAGCGCCAGCCCCAGCAGAUCCAACGCUGGCUCCGGCAGAGAGCUGAUACAAUCAACCGGACGCACAGCAAACUGGCAGCAUUCUUUCAUUGAUCAGGAGACAACCAUUUUGUAUACCAAGAUCAUGUAAAGUUGAACAGAGACAAAACAUAUAUGUGUAUAUAGAGAGAUAAUCGUCGCACAUUUGCACAUGAAAACAAUUCCGGUGUCUGUGUUGGUCAUUGCACAAUCCGAAUAGAAUGCAUUUCUUGUUUCUUUUGA